UUAUCAAUAUGAUGUUUUCUCCUCUCUCGUUGUCUCAGGAUGAGUUCCAUCCAUUCAUUGAGGCUCUGCUGCCCCAGGUCCGUGCCUUCGCCUACACAUGGUUCAACCUCCAGGCCAGGAAAAGGAAGUACUUCAAAAAGCAUGAGAAAAGGAUGACGAAAGAAGAAGAAAGAGCUGUCAAAGAUGAACUGCUUGGGGAGAAGGCAGAGGUAAAACAGAAGUGGGCCAGCCGUCUUUUAGCCAAGCUAAGAAAGGACAUUCGACCUGAAUGCAGAGAAGACUUUGUUUUGUCAAUCACUGGGAAGAAAGCAGCAUGUUGUGUCCUGUCAAACCCUGACCAGAAAGGCAAAAUGAGACGCAUAGACUGUCUCAGACAAGCUGACAAGGUGUGGAGGUUGGACCUGGUUAUGGUGAUCCUGUUUAAAGGAAUCCCCUUGGAAAGCACAGACGGAGAGCGGCUGGUGAAGGGAGGCCAGUGCUCUAAUCCAGUCCUUUGUGUGCAGCCUCGACACAUCUCUGUCUCUGUCAAAGAGCUGGACCUCUACCUCGCUUACUAUGUGCAAGAGAGAGAGGCAGAGCAGAGCAGCAGUCCCAGCCGUACAGGAGUGGGUUCUGAUCAGGAGGACAGUCGAACUGCCACCAUGGAUGGCCCAGAGUUCCAGGAGAGUUUUGUGACAUCAGGAGUUUUCAGUGUCACUGAGCUGGUCCAGGUCUCAAGAAGUCCAAUCAAAACCUCCAGUGGUCCAGAGUUGGUCCCAGUUUCUCUAUGGGUGGAGCUACAAGGUCACCUGUGCCUACGACCAUCAACCAGUCUGUCAACCAGCCGGUUCAGUCUGAGACGAUCACUGGCCAGCACCUCAUCCAGCGGAAGUAAGCGACAUAAGUCUGGUUCAAUGGAGGAGGAGGCUGACAGUCCUGGAGGGGAGUAUUACCAUUCACCGUCCUCUCCUGCCAGCAGCUCCAGAAACUGGACGGAUGAUAUGGAAGGAGGUUUGUCUCCUCCAGUGAAGAAGGCAGAGAUGGACAGCCAAUCUCCCCAGGAAGACUCACCGAGGCUGGGCUCCUUCCAGCACCACCGGCCAGUUAUAGCUGUACACAGCGGUCUGUCUCGGAGUCCCCACCCGUCUUCAUCUCUUCAUUUCCCUUCCUCCUUAUUUCCUCAUGGAGCCAUUCGUUAUCCUCCGGCCCAAGACCCCCUAAAAGACCUGGUCUCAUUGGCCUGUGACCCUGCCAAUCAAACUUCCAGCUCACUGAAUGGCAGCAACCAGGUGAAAGUGCCCAGUCAUUACAUCUCCUCUCAGAUGCUGGUGCCCCCAGGUCCACCUCCCUCCCUGGCUCCUCCAUCCUCCCUUCCGAGGCCGACACUACCUGCAGAUUCCAAGGUCACAACCACCUCGUCUGGGGGAACAAACUCUCCCACAUCACCCACAUACUCAGCCCCUGGGACCCCCCCUGCCAAUCGCUCCUCCUUUGUUGGUGUCACCCCUCGGGACCCUGGUGGAAUCUACCAAGCCCAGUCUUGGUAUCUCGGCAAUUGAGUGAAAAGUGGAAGAAUUGCCAGGUCGGUACUGUCCCGGAGGCAGCGAAGCAGUGUUGUUAAAACAUUGCCUGAAGAAAAAUAUAUUCAGCUUUGUAGAAGAAUAAUAUGGACAUACAUAUAUAUAAAUAUAAAGUGAAAUGUCUAAUGUUUAUAUAUGUGUAUGUGCCAUGAAGAGACAGCCUGGAUGGAAACAGAUGCUGAGAUAGAUGCUGCUCUUACUCAGCCAUUGGCAGCCCCAGAAUGAAUGAAUUUGCUAUGACACUAAAUGGCUCUUCUCUGGCCACUGAUGUGAGUUUUCAAGUGGAAAUUAUGGAUUGAUGCAGAUGUCUGGUUGGUCCAGAUGAACUGCGGAUCAGAACAAGGCCUCAACCCAGCAGGUCCUACGAAUCCUGUAAUCCAUGUGUGCUCCCUGGAUGAGGCCUGUUCCCUUGGGAUGGAUGUUUGCCUUUACCCCUGCACCCGAGUCUCUACACUAAGUCUAAGUAUAAGGCCUCCUCCUCCCUGGGAUGGAUAUAGUCCUUAUCCCCUCCUUCCCUUCAACACCCAGAAUGCCCCUCUCCGCUGCAGGUGCUGCUUAUCAUAUAUGCAAAUAAGCCUCCCUUUUUCUGAACCAACUAGAAAGAGAUCCUGUUGUUAAUAUGUAAUGUUUCUUUGCACUUUUUAAUAUGUUAUUAAUACGCCUGAAGAAAACGAAGAGUUGAAACAGUGCGUUUGUUUUUCCUCUUCCCACCAAAAGACAGAGGCUUUGUCUUUUUUAUUGACAAUCAUUAGCCUAAAUCCAUUAAGUUGCUUUGAGAGGCUCAUGUUUUUAACACUGUCUGAUUGUGCUUUUUUAUUUUUUCCAUAAAACAUGAAUAAUAGUGGAAUAUAUGAACUAUAUUCAUGCCUCUUCUAACACAACACACAAUGCUACACUUGGUCAGAGUUGCUGUUAGAGUUCCUGGUGACUGAUAAGGGCUCAGGGCUGUUUCAGUCGAAUAUGUUGCUGUUCCCUUUCCGUCAGAUGCUGAUCGUCUUGUCAUGACAGUAUGGAGCAUCAUUUGGAGAAGCAUUUACCUGCUGCACGAAUAUGGUUCGGAGCUUCAGAAAGCAUCUGUUAAAAUCAGGACUAUGUGGCAGCGCAGUCGACGUUUAACUGAUAUCAAACUGUAGCAUUGUGUGGUUUGUAGAAGGUGAAUAAGGUUCCUACAUUUCCACACUCAUCCCUGCUCUUUGAGGAGGUGUUGUGUAGAUUUGUGUGUUUGCGUCUAAAACACCACAGUGAUGGCGUUUUGAUGUAGGUAGAAGAAAGACAUGCAUUGCACUAUUAUUAAGACAAAAUUCCUUUCUGAGCAACCCUUGGCGCGAUGAUACAGCAGACUGAAGUGUGUUUUUGGGUGAAGCUGUUUGACAGAAGGUCAUGUGAAACUGACCCGAAAUGAGCACAAAAGAGUUUCUUGUUCAGAUCUACAAUGCGUGGUGGUCUGGCAGGCGUCCCGUUGGUCAUUGCCGUCUGGUGUUGAUCAGGGACGGUCGGGCUGAGCUGGAGAUAGAUGGAUGGGCAGGUUAUGCACAGGGAUAUGGUUGGUUUUAGUUGAUGGUUUUAGCACUGAAAACGAGCAACGAAUUGAGGUAAUGUGUUAUGAGCUUGCUUGUUGACAAGAUCCGCAUUGUGGCAGUGCUUUAGUGGGGCAAAGCAAUAUUCUGUUCAGACUGGCUUUUAACAGCUUUAUUUAGUCAAUUCUUUUUUUUUUUCAACAAUAUUUUUAAAGGCAUCUUUAAAAGGAUUAAAAUCUUACAGAAUUCGUUUUAACUUUGAGUAGGAUCAUUUUAUAUAUAUCGCAAGGUUAGUGACUAAUAGAAUCCAACCAUUAAUCACUGUCUGUGGUUAUGGCAACAUCUUGAAACCAUGUGUUCAUUAGGGCAAGAUGUCAGUUCAGCAACACUCAGUCUGUAUUUGUGUAGUUGUCAAAGCUCUGAAUGCAGAAGGAGAAAAAAAAAUUGAGAUCAUAGAACAGAUCAUUAUUGAUAUUUGUAUGUAAAAUUAAAUGCAAAAAUCUGUUGCAGCAGUAGCAAAACAUGUGCACCCUGGCCUUUUGAUAUUUCAAACACCAUCUUUAUGGAGAUGGAAAGACUGAAUAUGAAAGAGAUUUUUAUAGGGACUAAUAUUUUAUAACCAGUGCCAUGUUUUAAUCUCUUACAGCUUUGCGACUAUAAACGUCCUAUUGAAGUUUGUUGCCUGAGAUUGUAGAAUUACAAAGGAAUAAUUUUUCAGUGUGAAGGUGAAAUCAGACUGAAAGCUAAAUGAAUUUGCACUAUUCUUUCAUUGUACAAAUGUGUUUCUCAUUUCACCCCAAAAAGACAACUUUGUAUUGACUAUUUCAAGGAGAGAAGUUAAUUAUUUGUCACUAGGUGGCACUACAUUAAAGCAAAUUACUCACCAGGCUUUAAGCCAGAAUACUUCUUCAAGUGUCUACAUUUACGCACUCAUGAACCUGUGCAGCUCCUUUCACGCAAGAAACACAUGAAAUAUGUUACUUAUUCAUUUUGUUUUAUACAUUUUGCUCAUUGGAGUGCGUCAAAUUGUGAUAUUAAUUCCUCAUAGUGUUUGUAAUCAUUGUUUUUAGGAGUUUGACAUUGGACUGUAAAGAGUCCAGUUAGCUAUGCAUUGACCAUAUGCAUAUUGAAGAGCAGCUGUAUGUGUUUUUCUCUCAAAGUUUAUAAUUUUGAAUCAACAGUCUUUUCAAAAUGCUCUUUUUUAUUAUUUGAGACACUUUGAACUGGCGCAGACAUAUUAAUCCCAUUGGCAUCUCUGCGUUAAAUUUGUAUGCAGUUGUGUGCAAUGAAAACUCACUUUGCCUUCAGUCUGAACACACCUUUCAAGAGGUGUGCAUUUCUUUGGACAGAUCGUUUUCCUUCAUGUUAACAGCAGUCAGUGCCUACUUAGGGUUGAGAUUUUGUACUGAAGGUGCUGAUAUGUUUUGUCAGGGCGGGUUUUAAGGUUUGGUUAAAGUUAGCUAACAGCUGAUGUAUACUGCAUGGUGCUGCCAUGGUCGCUGUGCUGACCUAAAGAAUGCAUGGCUCAAACUGAUAAUACCUCUCCCUCUAUCCUGCUCUUCCUCCUUGUCCUCUUUCUCUUCCUCCUCUUCCUCCCCUUCCUCCCUCUGUGCUACAUUAAGAUGCAGUGGAUGGAAGGACUUACUUUUUCUUUAGAUUUUAAUAAUUGCCCUGUUAUUAAACUCCUCUUUUGCACGAUAUUUCAUAAAACACAUUAUGUGCCUUGCCUUGAGUUUAAGAACAACUAUACUUUAUGGGGAAGUGACCAUAAUUUUCAUGGUACAGCUGGUAGCAAAAAAAAAAAGAAAAAAAAAAAAAGAUUAAAAAAAAAGCUGCAUGUGUGAUUGCUUAACAUUAACCAGUGGAGGUACACAGUUUUAAGUUAACACUGGCAACUGGUUAUUGGCAACAGUGUAAACAAUAAUACUCAGUAAAAGCUUUGAAUAGUGAGGCUUGAACAGCGCGGAUCCUCUACUAUCAUUCACCUCAACAUUUUUAUACAGUGUCAAAGAACCAGUGUUAAUGGAAUGACACUCCUCUCUGACAGAGUCAGAGCCAAUAAGCCUGUUAUGACAACGUCCAGCCAACAGAGUGAGAUACUGGACAAAUAGUAGACUGUUUUAGCAAAGUAUAACAUAACCCAAACCUUCCACAGAGCUGUACCACACUCUAACAGGGACAGACAGGAAAAGGGUUCACAUUCAGAGACAUGACAUAGAUCACUGGAUUUCUACAAGGUUUAAUACCUCCUCGAUCAUCCAAGGACAGACAUGAACUGACAGCAUUGAAAGGUGAAGUGCAUUGCUCAAAAUGUACACAACAGUGUUCUGUAGGUAAAAAAAAUUAUGGGACUAAUUUUCUGCAAAACCAGACAAAAUAUGAUCCAAAUGCCGUUUAUCACCGUAAUCACAGUGUGGUUCAGAAAUACAAAACACAUUUUGUUUUGCAAAUACAAAAUAUGCCUAUCAACCAAAUAUACAGCAUAUUUUUAACACAGUGCUUCAGAAAAAAAAAAAAAAAAACAACUCUUUCAAGUACAAAAUAUGCCCUGUGCCUGAGUAAUUCACCUUCCACAACAGCAGGGGGCGCUGUCAGUCAAUUUGUGAAUGUGCAGAUGCUUUGUUACAUUCUGCUAAAAUCAUUACUGCUAAAUAAUGCACCUCUUUUACACUUGUUUGUAUAAGCAGAUAUAGAUAUGAUAUCACCCAGAUUAUAUUUUUAGCUGUUCUACCUUACCAAUGUUCAUAUGUUAUGUUAAUGUUAAUGUGUGAAACUCAGAUGGAGAAAAAACAGGAAAUGCCUGUUCAGAGCAGCAACAAAUUCACCCUAAAAUCACCUUGAUAACAUCAUUUGAUUCUUAUAAUGUCUGAAAAUAAACGGAAAAUUGGGCUCAUUAUUUAGCAGAGCUAAUGUUGGCAAAUCCAGACAUAAUGCUGCUGCUUUCAAAUGGACUCAUAGCAUCACCUGCUGUUGUGGAGGAUGACUUACUCAGGACAUAUGGGAGAAAACUGUCAACAUAAACAUGGUGGAAAUUUUUUUUUAGCAAAUAGUGAUAUUGUUUUUUUCUGUAGGAUGUACUGUGUUUUGUCUCUGAAGCAUGUAUUAAAAAUAUGCUGUAUUUAACAUUGCACUGGUUUCUUAAUUGGAAUCAAUUAAAAACCACUGUGCUUUUUAAUUGUAGUGCAUUUGUUAAAGCAGUUUUGUUUUUGUGAUGAAGCUUGAAAUUAACUCCAUAAUGUCCUGUUUUUAGGGUGUGGUAACAGUUACGUUGUAUCUGAAAACUCCUGCCUAAAUGUUCACAAUACAAAACAAAAGCCAUGUCAGAGACUAUGCUCAGCUCUGUCUUUACUCUGAUUUAUUAUUAAGUAUUGAAUACGUGCAAAUACAUUUUAAGGUGUUUAUCGUUAAUUUAUACUAUAUUGUGAAUAAAGUGUCAGGCAUUUAGCUGUGCCAGUGUGGCCAAGCCACUCAGUCCCAUCUGAUGGAAACAUGUUAAACAUGGUUUAGUUCUGGGUUUUAGGGCUCUUCUGCUCUCUGAUUGGCCUUUAGAACACCGUCCAUUUUCUGAUACAAUGAGCUUGACCUUGUAACUAAUUGUGUGACAAGAAAUUACAAAAGGUCAUAAAUGAGUUUGAGUUUUAUAUAGAUGCAUGCACUUAACUCUUCUUACUGAACUUGGCAUUUAGGUUAUUGUUUAGUUAUUAUUAUGUUACUUGUAGAGUUAUGGUUUAAAACACAGCAGUGUGUAUAAAUAUGUACCACAUGGAUUUAUCUGUCAUAUAAAGAAGAUGUUUAAGUAUCUGUGUGUUUUAGUUGGACUGUCUUAAGCUGGUGGCCAGGCCUCAGAGUAAGAGACAGAUAAAGGUUCAGUUGGUGAUGGAUGAGUAAAAGUGAGAAUGUGGAGAGUGCAUAUUUCUGACAAUGCUGCACAGACAUCUGAGAGUGUUUUUGUCUUUUAGCUCUAGCACCACAUACAAGAGAAUGCUCUUAAAUUUCACUGAAAUUGAUUAUGGAUUAAUGCAGUUUGAUUGUCAUGUUUCAAACCCAUCCCAGCAGACACUAUCAUCUGCUAAAUUUUAUUAUGCAUUAUUAUAUUUGCUCAAAGGCCUGCUUAUCAUUAAUAUACUGUACAAUUUUCUAGUAACAUACUGUAGCCAUCCCAGACAUCACUGAUUGACUUGGCCUGUAUGAAACCCACCAGAGCCCUCUAUUGGUCACAAUUUGCAAUAGGAUAAUAGAUUUGUCUACCAUUGAAGCUGAUUGUCACCUCACACAGUACUGUACCUGCUGUCCAUGAACCUUGUGCUGUUAAAUACUUAUGGACCUGGAUAUGAUUCUGCAUCAUCAGUUGACAUUUAAUUGAUUUAUUAUUACUCUACUGUUAUAGAUUUUUAACUAAUUUCCUCCAUGUAAUGGAUGAGACUGUUCCAAAUGUUAGCUUAAAAGCUGAAUGCUGCUCUAAUAAGAACAAAAAAAAGAUUCAUCAAAAGACUGAAACUAAAUCACAGUCAGGUACUAAAUGUAACACUGGAUGUAUAACCCACUGAAUUUCAACUGGAUCCUGUUGACUUAGAUUGAAGGUCAAUAUAGGGUUAAAAGGUCUGAAACAAUAACGUAGUCAAUAGAAAAUUAGUGUAUGACAAUUAUGAUAAUCAGUGCUGAUACAUCAAAUAUACACUGAUGCCAAAUGCAAAUACAUAUAUGGAAAAAAAUGAAGAGACUACUCCAAAUGUCCUAAUUUAA